AGGCCGCCGCCGCCGCCGCCGCCGCCGCCGCCAGGCAACGGUUUCCAUGGCGAACGGGACCGACUCGCAGGAGGCGGCGGCGGCGGCCUUGUCAACUCGCAUCGCCUCAGGUGGGAAGAAGCAAGCGGGCAGACACGUGUCGAGAGCGCCGGCUGGGGGGGGCAAGGUGGGCGGAGAGGAGCGGCGAGAGUUCAGGUGAGGGGCCUGCGCGCCGCACGCGGGUCGGGAGUGGGGGGGGGGAAGGCACGUGUGAAUGCGUGUGCGCGUGUCGCUGCGGCCCUUGAGGCCCGGCAAGGAGGGGCAGGCAGGGAGGUGCCUUCGUUGGCUGCGAGGAGCUUCGGGGUGGCUCCUGGGCAAGGUAAAGCGACUAGCAGACGCCAUUGGUGAUAAUAAUAGUAAUAAUAAUCAUUUUAAUUCACGGGCCCAAUAGCGCUCAGGCUUUUCGAGGCCCUUGUCAAGCUGGCUUGAAGAAGCAGCUUUGGGGGACUUGGAAAUACGCAUGCCGUUUCAUUUUUGGCAUUUCUGUCAGACAGCUAUUGGAAAGGAAAUUUUGAAUUUAUUUAUUGCAUUCAAAUGCUGCCUUUCUCCCUCCAUGGCCUAGCUAUCCCCCUCUCUCUCUGUGUGUGUGUGUGUAUGUGUGUGUGAUUUUGUGUGUGUUUGUAUAUAUAUGUAUAUGAAUAUGACACACCUGCGACUUUCCUAGAAUGAAGUAAAGGUAAAGGGACCCCUGACCAUUAGGUCCAGUCGUGGCCAAUUCUGGGGUUGCGGCGCUCAUCUCGCUUUAUUGGCCAGUCAUGUGGCCAGCAGGAUGAAGCCGCUUCUGGCGAACCAGAGCAGCGCACAGAAACGCCGUUUAUCUUCCCGCCGGAGUGGUACCUAUUUAUCUACUUGCACUUUGACAUGCUUUCGAACCACCGACCUUCUGAUCGGCAAGUCCUAGGCUAUGUGGUUUAACCCACAGCGCCACCCGCGUCCCAUUAGAAUGAAGUAAGGUAAAGGUAAAGGUACCCCUGCCUGUACGGGCCAGUCGUGUCCGACUCUGGGGUUGUGCGUCCAUCUCACAUAAGAGGCCGGGGGCCAGCGCUGUCUGGAGACACUUCCGGGUCACGUGGCCAGCGUGACGAAGCUGCUCUGGCGAGCCGGCACCAGCGCAGCACACGAAAACGCCGUUUACCUUCCUGCUAGAAAGCAGUUCCUAUUUAUCUAUUUGCACUUAGGGGUGUUUUUUAACUGCUAGGUGGGCAGGAGCUGGGACCGAAAGACGGGAGCUCACCCCGCCGCGGGGAUUCGAACCGCCAACCAUGCGAUCGGCAAGCCCUAGGUGCUGAGGUUUUACCCACAGCGCCACCCUCGUCCCCUAGAAUGAAGUACCACCUCCUAAAAUGGAUUCUAAAAAGAACAUGGCAGACCCACUGAAAAUGCUCAUGGAUGACUAGUGGAAGAGGCUUCCACAAGCUGCCGAGCUUAGUGCCCAAACCUGGUGCCUGUAAAAGGUAAAAGGUAAAGGACCCCUGGAUGGUCCAGUCAAAGGUGACUAUGGGGUUGCAGCACUCAUCUCGUUUUCAGGCCGCGGGAAUGGCAUUUGUCCACAGACAGUUUUCUGGGUCUUGUGGCCCGCAGGACUAAACCGCUUCUGGCGCAAUGGGACACCGUGACGGAAACCAGAGCGCACAGAAACGCCGUUUACCUUCCUGCCGUACCUAUUUAUCUACUUGUACUGGCUUGCUUUCAAACUGCUAGGUAGGCAGGAGCUAGGACAGAACAACAGGAGCUCACCCCGUUGUGUGGAUUCGAACCGCCAACCUUCUGAUCGGCAAGCCUAAGAGGCUCAGUGGUUUAGACCACAACGCCACCUGCAUCCCUUACCUCUACCUUUUACCUGGUGCCUGUACAGGCGCUGCAGUCCAGACAGGUCCCUUGAUUAAUUUCCAGCCACUUAACAUUUAGAAUCCAGUAAUUUAAAGUUUCCCCACCAAUAUACCCCAACAGAAGGAAUGUGGCCACUGAGCCAAGUGUGGGGGUUAAAAAAAGAAUAUUGCAGACAAAUUAAUGGCGGAAAGGGCUCUCGAUGGCUACUAACCAGGACGGCUGUUCAAUGUUUCUGAAUACCAGUUCCUGGAAACCACAGGAAGGUAGAGUUGUUCUUGUGCUCAAAUCCUUGCAGGUUUUCCACAAGCAUCUGAUUGGCUACUGUGAAAAGGGGAUGCCGGAUUGGGUGAGCCGCUGGCCUGAUCCAGAACUUUCUGAGAACACAGAAGUACUGUUUUUGGGGGACAGGAGGCGGGCGGGUGUGGAGAACUCCCUGGUCCUGAAUGGGGUAACUGUGCCCCUGAAGGACCAGGUGCGCAGCCUGGGAGUCAUUUUGGACUCACAGCUGUCCAUGGAGGCGCAGGUCAAUUCUGUGUCCAGGGCAGCUGUCUACCAGCUCCAUCUGGUACGCAGGAUGAGACCCUCCCUGCCUGCGGACUGUCUUGCCAGAGUGGUGCUUGCUCUGGUUAUCUCCCGCUUGGACUACUGCAGUGCGCUCUACUGGGGCUACCUUUGAAGGUGACCCGGAAACUACAAUUAAUCCAGAUUGCGGCAGCUAGACUGGUGACUAGGAGCGGCCGCCGAGACCACAUAACACUGGUCUUGAAAGACCUACAUUGGCUCCCAGCACGUUUCCGAGCACAAUUCAAAGUGCUGACCUUUAAAGCCCUAAAUGGCCUCGGUGCAGUAUAUCUGAAGGAGCAUCUUCACCCCCAUCGUUCUGCCCAUACACUGAGGUCCAGCACCGAGGGCUUUCUGGCAGUUCCCUCCCUGCGAGAAGCCAAGUUACAGGGAACCAGGCAGAGGCCUUCUCGGUAUUGGCACCCGCCCUGUGGAACACCCUCCCACCAGAUGUCAAAGAGAACAACAACUACCAGACUUUUAGAAGACAUCUGAAGGCAGCCCUGUUUAGGGAAGCUUUUAAUGUUUGAUGCAUUACUGUAUUUUAAUAUUUUGUUGGAAGCCGCCCAGAGUGGCUGGGGAAGCCCAGCGAGAUGGGUGGGGUAUAAAUAAAUUAUUAUUAUUAUUAUUAUUUCUCCUUAUAUUCUUACUGAAUAUACUCAUAAAUGUCUAGUGGAAGAGGCUUCCAUAGGUUGCAGGGCAACUGCCAAGAGUACGGUAGCUUUAUAGGUGACCUUAGUUUCAAGUCCUGGUGCACAGAUGCUCUAGACAUGUGUUUUUAUUAAUUUCCGUUGAGUUAACAUUUCUGUAAUCUGAGAUGCAGCAUUUCCCCCUCCCUAGAGAAGGAAAAUUCAACACCAUGAUCAAGUCAACAUGUAGUGGAUUGUGGUCUCUAGGCUAAGUGUGUGGGUGUGAAUGAGUGAGUGAGAUAAAAAAGCUUUACCAGACAAUACCUAAUUGAAUUUAUAUUCCUAGUAAUGUUGACACAAGGCAUUCACAAAACAGGCCUGCUUUUGUUGACGGCCUUUGGUUUAGCAUUUUUGCAGGGUUAAACCGGGAUUAACACAAUCCAGGAAAUCAGUCUAAUGCCCUUAGCUAAUAUGAUAUGAGCAUUACAGUGCAUUAAUCUUUCUUAAACAUUAUCAAAUUAUGGCUUUUGAGUUAACAGCUGGCCUGUUCUGCUGCCUUUCCUUUCACAGGAUUUGUUAGGAAUUGGGACAUACUAUGAAUCUAAGUCUUUUGCCAUAGGCAAGCAGUGCCUCUGAAAAAACACUGAGUCAACCCUGGCACCCUGCACCCUCUUAUUUAGCAAUAGUAUAGCUUACUCAUUGGGUGAUGGGUGAGGCCAAAAGAACCCACAACAAAUGAUGCAGGGUGCCACCCUAGUGUGGGCAUUCUGACACCACACUGUGAUUUAGUCACGGCCUCUGGCAUGAACCACAUUUGUUGCCUGCGCUGAACAAUCACAUCCUUUGAGACCAGCAAGUCCAACUGUGUCAUACUGUACCUCACAAUUCUGAAUAGUCAUAGCCUGGCCUUCCUCAAUCUAGUGCCCUCCAGAUACUUUGGACUACAUCUCCCAUCAGUCCAUGAUGCUGCUGAUUGGAGCAUGGCUAUGCUCUGCUGGGGCUGAUGGGAAUUACAGUCCAAAACACCUGGAAGGGCAUUGGGUUGGCCAAGGCUGCUCUGUGUUCAGAAAAAGCACAACUGUAAAAAUAAUGUUUGUGUUUCUAAUAUCAGUGGGAUUGGCCGAAGAGCCAAGUCUAGGGCAGUGGUACUUUUGCCUUUGUACACAGCUCUAGCAUUUGCAGAAAUGCCUCAAAUAAUUGUUUUGCGUCUUCCUUCAGGAAAGCAAUGGCAUUUGCACCUCCCAGGAACCUGGAUGGCCCGAAGAUGCAAACCAAGAUGAGCACAUGGACACCCCUGAAUCACCAGUUGAUGAAUGACAAGGUGAGUACCAUUCAGUCAAUUUAAGUAUGGGCCUUCCCCCAGACAUUACGUUGGAGACACAAUCAGAGGGGACCUUUGGGUGAGCAGUAACAACAAAUUCUCCAUAAAAAGCAGCUAAGCCCUCAGUUGGCCAGCCUUGACCCUCCUCUAACCUGGCAGUACUUGAAUGCUCAGAAUAAUAAAUAAUAAUAAUAAUAAUAAUAAUAAUAAUAAUAUAUUAUUUGUACCCCGCCCAUCUGGCUAGGUUUCUCCAGCCACUCUGGGCGGCUUUCAACAAAGAUUAAAAGUACAUUAAAAUGUCACACGUUAAAAACUUCCCUGAACAGGGCUAUUAUGAGGGGGGAAAGCGUUGGGAUGGUCACACUGGCGUCUGAUGAUUUCAAAAGGGAUUAACAAAUACACGCUUUGUUUUCUAAUGGAGCGUGUCAAGAGGCGGCUAAGGUGGACGCAUAAGAGCUUGGAAAGCAAACAUUGUAUGUUUUUGUGAUCAAAGCCUAUAAGGCUCCCUAAUGCGAGCAGCUCUCCUGUCCUCCCCCUUUAGGCCCCUGAACCAAAAUGUGAUCCCAGAUCUGUUUAGCAUUUCCUUGUGACAAUAAUGAAACACCCCCACCAAAGGGUUGGCACGGGCAGGUGCUUCUUGUUUCAUCUUAAAUGAAGCCAACCAUAUAUGUGUAGACACCUCGGAAACAACAAAGUGAGCAAGGAUAGAACAUAAGAAUGUUAGAAGAGCCUGCUGGAUCCGGCCGGCGGCCCAUCUAGCUCAGCAUCCUGUUCUCACGAUGGCCAGUCAGAUGCCUGUGGGAAACCUGCUUUUUAAGAUGCUGUCUCUGCUUUUUAAUAUGCUGUCUUGAUGUUGCUGUCUAAGAUGUUGGCCACAGUGGGACCUCCAUAUUCCGAGGGAGUGUGCUUCUGAACGCUAAUUGCUACUGAAUCCUAGUACCUCACCAAAGACUCCUAAGUGAGAUCGUUGCACCUAUCUGUCUCAGGAGACAAUGCAGAGGGCGAAGUCAAACUGUUGGAGAAUUACAGCGCUUGCUGUGGCUGUAGAGACAAAUUUGGGAAAGAUAUGCUUUGUUGCAGCAGAGGCAGAUGAAGGUGUCUGGUUGUGCUGUCGCAGAUGCUGCAGUAAUAAGUAAUAUGGCGCUUCUUCUCCUCCCAGCGGUCUUUCCUCCUCUGGUCACUGGUAUGGAUGCAUAACCUGACUAUCUGCCUCCAGGCACUGUGACUGUCUGCUGGGGAUUCCCCAUAGCUGUCAACUUUUCCCUUUUCUUGCGAGGAAUCCUGUUCAGAAUAAGGGAAUUUCCCUUAAAAAAGGGAAAACGUUGACAGCUAUAGAUUCCCACAUGGCAGGAUUGAUGUCGCCAGCCUUCAUGUCACAACUGCACACAUCUUUGUAACACAGAGUUGGUCUGCCAACAGGCCUGAUGCCUGAAGUCAGUCAGUCAAAUAAGAGGCAACGUCCUCUUGUGGAUCCACACUGGUUAAGUAGCAGGGAGCAGGGAGUAGGAAUGAACAGACAGUUCUCCUGAUGUAGAGUAGAGACACAAAAAGCAGAGUCCCCCACAAGAUUGGUACAUUGGUACCUUGCUUGUUGAACGUAAUCUGUUCUGGAAGACCAUUCGACUUCCGAAACGUUCGACAACUGAGGCGCAAAGGGCGGUCAGCAAAGUACAUGGAGAAAAAAGAAAAACAUGCAGCUGUUUGACUUCCGAGGCGUGUUCGAACACGGAAGCAAUUCCGGGUUUUCAGCAUUGGCUUGGCUUCCAAGACUCUUUAAAACCAAGGUAUCACUGUGGUAGGACCUAUGCUUUUUAACUUGUCCAUAAACAAUCUGGGGGUGACCAGUGAAGUGGCCAAGUUUACUGAGAAUACUAAACUAUUUAGAGUUGUUUAAAACAGAGAGAGAUGAUGAUGAGCUCCAAAGGAUCUCUCCAAACGGAUGGCAAAGUGGCAAAUGCAAUUCAGUGUAAACAAGUGUAAAGUGAUUCAUGUCAAGACAAGAAAAUCUUAAUUUCACAGUUCAUGGGGUCUGAACUGGUAGCAUCUGACCCAAAACGAGACCUUGGGCUUGUAGCUUGAUGAAGGUGCUGACCCAGUGUGCGGCAGCUGUGAAAAUGUCAAAUUCCAUGCCAGGGGCCAUUAAGAAAGGGGUUGAAAAAUAAAACAACAUUUAAUCAGCAGCAGUUAAAACGCUACAUACUAAAGACAUUAAAAUAGGGAAUACUCUAGGGAGGAGCUGUACAAGCAGGGAGCAACUCCCAACUGGCCCUCUCCCUUGUGCCUGCCAGUCUCUUGGAUCUCAGUGAAGGGGCCACAGGCAGGUCCCCUGAGUUUAGUUUCAAGUUCUAGACCAGUUGAUAAUGGGUGCAGGUGGCCCUUCAAACAAGGCCUUGCGUCUAAGUUGUGAGUGAUGUGAUUUUAACUUUACGGGCUUGGCGGCUAGCCGGUUGAAAUCACACAAAUUAAAUGCACAGAAGGCAGGGAGCUUAAAAGCUCUUUUAGCGCAGGGUUUUCCCAGUGUGGAAAUAGCUUUAAAGCUCUCUGCCUCCUUGCUGAGUUCUUGGAGGCUCUUGCGCGAUCUUGGAUGGCUCUGUGAGAGCCUCCCAGAGGCCAGUAAGCAUGGCAGAGAGCUUAAAAACUCUCUGCCUUGCUUGGGGGGUAAGACCCAUGCAGGGCGCAAGCUCCAGAAGGCAAGGAUAGCCAAGUGAAUAACCAUAGUUUAGAGGUCCCGGGCCCUAAGGAAGUCAGACUAUCCUCCACCAGGGCCAGGGCCUUUUCAGCGAUGGCUCUGACCUGGUGGAAUGCUCUGUCCCAUGAGACUAGGGCCCUUCAGGAUUUAACCUCCUUCCGCAGGCCCUGUAAGACAGAGCUAUUCCGCCUGGCCUUUAAUUUGAAUUCAGCCUGAUCUUUUAUUUCCCUUCUCUUCCCUCCCCCUCCCCUUUUAUGAUUACCUGCUCUGAGACCCCACAGCUAAUUCUCCCCUGGCCUCCUCGCUGGCCCAAGUAGGACCAAUUCAGUCAGCUAGCCCUGGGGUUUAUCUAAUUGAUUUUUGAUUUUUAUUGUUAUUCAUGUUUUUAUACUGUAUUUUAUUCUGCUUUUAUAAUUAAGUGUUUUAAAGGGUUUUAAAUUUGUUGUUAGCUGCCCUGAGCCUGGUUUUUGAACCGGGAAGGGCGGGAUAUAAAUAAAAAUUUAUUUAUUUAUUUAAGUGUGGGGCAGUUCUAAGGAGGUAGUUUGAGUAUACACAUGUGCCAGCCCCAGAACAUACCGCCCCCCCACCCCCAGGGAAUAUGACUGUUUUCAGAACUUCUAAGUUAGAAUUUCUUCUUAAGUCACUCAUGCCCUUUAGUAGUCUGGGGAGUCAUAUAUUGGGUCAUGCCUAAUGGUUUGAUUGCUCAUUUCUCGUUCAGUCCUGUGUUCACUCUGUACUGAACUGUGUUUUAUUUAAAUGUUUUUAAGGUAUUUGAAGAAAGAAGAAAUCUGUUGGGGAAAUGGGUAAUGACAUUUUCUUCCCUCAUCCGCAAAUCCCAUGUGCUUCACUGCUUAUUUUGAGGUGAUCAGGCUGUAGUAGGACAUGUAAGCACAGAGUCAACCUUGUGUAAUGCACGCAGUCAUUGUGAGGGUUAUGAAGGCACUGCCCUCCAUGCAAUGUUUGCAUUUUUAAAAACUUGUAGUUGAAAAUGUAAGGGGGGGAAAUGGUGGAAGUCUGCAUGCAAUUAAUCUGUUUAGAGAGGUAUGUUUUGUCUCAGAGUAUGUCAAGUAUGUGCCUCUUUCCAAUAAGGAUUGUUUGCCCCAUGUGUGGUCGUGUCCCCUAGUGAUGACAUCACGUCCUUUCUGCCAGAUCCCCAGAGGCCACUGACCGCUGCUGGAAACAGGAUUUGCAAUAGUUGGACCUGGGAUCCAGCAAGCAAGCUAUUUAUGUCACCCUUCUCCAACCUGGUGCUUUCCAGAUGUUUUGGAUGACUGCUCCUGUCAGUGCUAGAUGGCUGUGCUGGCUGGAGAAGGUGGGUGCCAAAGUCCAAAACAUCCGGAGGGCACCUGGUUGGAGAAGGCUUGUAUAUUUGUUGGAAGUCUCCCAGAGUGGCUGGGGCAAACCAGUCAGAUGGGUGGGGUACAAAUGAUAAAAUUAUUAUUAUAAUUAUAGGUAAGGUAAAGGGACCCCUAACCGUUAGGUCCUGUCGUGGCCGACUCUGGGGUUGCGGCACUCAUCUCGCUUUACUGGCCAAGGGAGCCAGCGUACAGCUUCCGGGUCAUGUGGCCAGCAUGACUAAGCCGCUUCUGGAGAACCAGAGCAGCGCACCGAAACGCCGUUUACCUUCCCGCCGGAGUGGUACCUAUUUAUCUACUUGCACUUUGACCUGCUUUCGAACUGCUAGGUUGGCAGGAACAGGGACCGAACAACGGGAGCUCACCCCAUCGCGGGGAUUCGAACCGCCGACCUUCUGAUUGGCAAGUUCUAGGCUCUGUGGUUUAACCCACAGUGUCUUAUACAGUAUCUAUCAAUGGUUGUUAACUCUGCUACUUGAAUGGAGCAGAUCUCUGUCUCUGAACAGAUGCAGUAGAAUGUCUUUCCUUAUCAGGCAGAAAGGUCAUUUACCCCUUUCAAGCCAUGCUGGAGACCACUCCCUAAUGGAGGCAGGACACUGGUCUAGAAGAUGGACCAGAGCCAACCGUUCCUGUGCUUUUUAGCAGCCAAAACACAGAAUACUGGCAGGAGUUCAGCUUGCACUCGAGUAGAACCCUGGCAGAGACACAUGCCCGACUGGCAUGUUCUCUCCCUCCUGGUCAAUCGUUCGGGAGCUUCAAAAGCUUUCUUCUGCCCAAACAUCACAGCGACUGAUUCCAACAGACACCUGCACACUUAGGGAUCCACAGAGUUCGUGUAUCAUUGCGUGACAGAACCCCAGCAACUCAGCAUUUUGGCUAAUCUACUUUAUUUACAUAUAAACACGCACAGAGCACUGCAACAUGGCUCCCUCUCUCUCUAGCAUCAGACAGCAAAGAGAAAAUGAACAAAGGACAAUAGUCCCACUUCACAAAACAGCAGUAACACAAACAUCCUGUCUCCGUCACUUCCCACUCUGUGGAGUCAAAACAUAUACCGUCAUGUGAUGGACAACAAUCCCAUGACUGCAAUCACGGAGCAGGAAUUCUAACAAAUACCUGGGGGUUGGGGCGUCCUCAUCACAAAGAUGAAGUGCAAUAUGGUCUUGUGGUCCAUGUGUUUGCAAAGUGCUUCAUGGUGGGAAAGUCACUUCUGUGGCACCGUGUCUAGGUGCCACAAAACCCUCGGCUCACCUUUUCUCCCUUCCCUCCUCCGCAGUUUGACAAAUGGACAGACAACCAGAGGCGAAGAGUCCUGCUGGACUUCCUAGAGCGCUGCUCCCUCUUGCAGCUCAGGUUCUGCGUCAAGCAGCUGCAGGCUCGAGUUCCAGUGGAGGCCCUGGAUUUCACCACCAAGCUCCCCAGGGUUUUGUCCCUCUACAUCUUUUCUUUCCUGGACCCUCGUAGUCUCUCCCGAUGUGCUCAGGUAAAGCUCAGCGUGUUGGGAAGGAUGCAGAGGAGAGAUAACAAAGUUUAAGGUGCUGGAUAUGUUUAGCCUAUAAUCAUAGAGUGUAGAAUCAUAGAAUGGGACCCCAAGGGUCAUCCAGCCCAACCCCCCCGAGAUGCAGGAAUCUCAGUUAAAGCACCCAUGACAGAUGGCCAUCCAACCUCUGCCUAGAAACCUCCAGGGAAGGAGAAUCCACCACCUCCUGAGGGAGACCAUUUCACUGUUGAACAGCUCUCCCCUUCAGAAAUCCUUCCUGAUGUUUAGUUGGAAUCUCGUUUCUUGUAACUUGAAGCCAUGGGUUCGAGUACUGCCCUCUGAUGCAGGAGAAAACACUCUUGCUCCAUCUUCCAUGGGACUGUCCUUUUGAUAUUUGAAGAUGGCUAUCAUAUCACCUCUCAAUCUCCUCAGGCUAAACGUACCCAGCUCCUUCAAGUGCUCCUCAUUAGGUUUGGUGGGACGCAGGUAGCGCUGUGGGUUAAACCACAGAGCCUAGGACUUGCCGAUCAGAAGGUCGGCGGUUCAAAUGUGUGUGUGAAACAAACGGUCAGGUGUCCCUUUACCUUUUACUAAGCUUGGAUCCUAGAACAAUAGGCAAGUAGGAUCCUAGAAUGCAACAACUGAUUGGCUUGCAGGAAAAGACCAAUCAGGCUCCAGGAGGGAAGCAGAAUCAGAUGGGACUCAUUGUGUAAAUAAUGUAUAUAAAAGCCUGAGGUUUUGGGGGAAAUCCAAUCACUGUUUUACAAGCUGCAAUAAAGAGCAUGAAAUCGCUACAGGACUCAGAGUAUAUUUCAUUUGGCUUCCAGACCCUUGAUCAUUUUGGUCACCCUCCUCUGCACACCUUCCAGCUUGUCAAUAUCCUUAAAUGGUGGUGUCCAGGACUGGACACAGAACUCCAGUAGUGGUCUGUUGAUGCAGUAUAUGAACCAGAAAAGGGGCCCAGCAACAUGCAGUUGUUCCUCUUCCUGUAGUGCCAGCCUCCCUCUUUUGAGCAGCACAAGCACAGCAGUUGGAGUUGCAGUUUUGCCCAUUCAAAUGAGGGAAAGCACAUGCCUGAGGGAUAUACCUGUUUGAAAUUCAACUCCACUCCUGCAUGCAUGAACCAGGCCUCCAUCUGGGUUAGACAAGGAAAAACUGCAGUUGCCAACUCAGUUGUUUUUUUUUUUAAAGAACUCUGUUGCUUUCUGAAGAUAUUGAAAUAGUUUUUGCGUCUGGAUUAUGUGUCGUCCUCUGUUUCUGAUUUUUGCCCCGAUAGGUCCCUCAGAACAAUAAUAAUGGCGCCUUUUUCAUUCUCAGGUGAGCUGGCGCUGGAAGAACUUGGCAGAACUAGAUCAGCUCUGGAUGCCAAAAUGUCUGCGCUUUGGGUGGUAUCUCAAUUUCUCUCCAACCCCGUUUGAGCAAGGAAUCUGGAAGAGACACUACAUUGAGGUGGUGAAUGAGUUCUGGGUCACCAGCCCUAAGGUACCUCUGCAAUCCUUGAGACACAAACGGUUUUUGGAGCUGAGCUGAAAACCUCUAGUUUAGCCUCGUCUUGGAUGUUCUACUUUUUCCCUAUGCAGUAACUUUUUGACAUUUAGCCUUGUAAACGGACCUGCAUUCUGAAGUGGAGCAGUCCCAGUAGAAUUGUACCAUGGGCUUUCCCUGAAAGUGUGAGUUGAGGUACCUAGAUACCCUAACAGCCUAGUGCACACAUGCCUUCCUUCUGAUACGUACCUUCAAAGAGUCCAGAUAAAGGCCGCUGUGAGAAGAGGAUGCAGAUGGGCCAUGGGUCUGAUCCAGCGGACUCUUCUCAUGUUCUUAAGCCACUCCUCCAGUUUUCCAGCUCAGUAGUGGCCUGUGAUGAAAAGAGGCUUGAGGCUCAGGUGGCCUUGGAGGCGUGAAGUCCCGGCUGCUGUCACGGUCUGGUUCACGGGCGAUCGAAGUCCCGGCUGGGGACGUCGGGACUGGGGGCAAGAUGGCGGGGGGUGGGAGCAGGAAUGGGAGUCCAGAAGCCAGGAGUCAGGAAGCCAGGAGCCGAGGGUCAGAGAGGCGGGAGUCAAGAAGCCAAGGAUCACAAAGCAAGGGGUCACGAAGUCAAGGGUCUAAGGAUCAAGAAGCAAGGAGUCAGACGCAGCAAGGCAGGGAACUUGUUGCUGUGGCAAAUUGCCGAAGGGAAAUGCUGACCUUAUAUCCCUUCCCAGCUCUUGCCACCAGGUGCUGUGAGUUACCACUCGGCCUCACCUGUGAGGCUGCACCUUGCCUCUUCAGAACAAACUUAGGAAAUCCCCAGUCCUACAAAGUCCUAUUGGUCACAGGGCCUGGCUCCUGCACACACACCUGACAGCUGCAUACCUAUCUGGGCAGAGAUAGCCUAACUUCUGUCGCCUAUUGCUGAAAUGUGUUAUACAGGCUGUCAAUUGGUUUCUGGGCCCAAUUCAAAGUGCCGAUUUUGACCUAUGAAGUCUUAAAUGGCUCAGCACCGUAAUACCUCAAAGACUGCCUGUCCCCAUAUGAACCAAACAGGACCCUGUGAUUAUCACCUGAGGCCCUUCUUUGUGUGCCUCCUCCGCAUGAGGUCUGGAGAGCAACAACACAAGAAUGGGCAUUUUCUGCAGUGACUCCCCGCUUGUAGUAUGCUCCCCCUAGGGAAGCUUGCCUGGCGCCAUCGUUACACAUGUUUAGGUGCGAGGCAAAUACAUUUUAACUAGACUUUUAGCUAACUCCAGAGGUUAGCAAACUUUCCCAGCAGGGGGCCGGUCCACUGUCCCUCAGACCUUGUGGGGGGCCGGACUAUAUUGGGGGGGGGGGAUGAACGAAUUCCUAUACCCCACAAAUAACCCAGAGAUGCAUUUUAAAUAAAAGGACACAUUCUACUCAUGUAAAAACACGCUGAUUCCCAGACCGUCCACGGGCCGGAUUUAGAAGGCGAUUGGGCCGCAUCCUGCCCCCAGGCCUUAGUCUGCCUACCCAUGAAUUAAACAAUCCACAGCCUUUUACAUUGGGGUAGGGGUAUUGUUUUUGUUAGUUACUAUGGUAUGUGUUUUUGUUUCUUUAUAUUGCAAACUGCCCCAUGAGCCUCAGAUGAAGGGUGGCCUAGGAAUGUAAAUAAUAAUACACUCAAACCUUGGUUACUGAACGCCAAAGACCCGGAAGCGAAUGCUCCAGUUUUCAAACAUUUUUCGGAAGCUGAAUGUCCAAAGCGGCUUCCGCUUGAGUUCAGGAAACUCCUGCAACCACUCAGAAGCCGCGCCUCGGUUGUCGAACAUUUUGGAAGCCAAACGGGCUUCCGGAAUGUAUUACUUUCGACAACCGAGGUUUGACUGUAGUAAUAUCCAAGGGCUUCCCUCCUCCCCAAUAGCACACAAUUGAUUUUGCCUACUUGUUUUCCAUCCCUUUAGACCCCUCCGAAAGAGGACUUUGUGGUGGUCGAUGUCCAGCCUAUAACGAAAGAGGGUCUGGAGGUGAAACAGUCCCUGUCACCGUCAGUCCUCCAAUCAGCAUGUCCUCUCGGAAAGAAGAUGAGCAAGGAGAAGCAAGAUCUCCCUCCCUGGCGUUCUUCAGAUAAGCAUCCUACAGACACCGUCAGAUUCAAUUACCUGGACAACUUUGAUCCCAUCGAGCAAGCGAGGCAGGCGUAAGGCACACCCUCAUGUCUGUCAUCUUCUUUUCUCUCAAACAAAACUAAUUUGAUGUUCAGCUGCUCCCUCUCCCCCUGGGGUAGGUGACAAUCCUGCCAUAUUCAGGAGAAAUUGUCCUCAAGUUUUCUAAUUUUUGUAGGGGAGAGCCGAGUCUGCAAGUUUAAAGCCUCUUUGUGAAUCUCUUCCUAAUUAAUGGUGCAUCCAAGAUGGAUUCCGAUUUCAGUUAGGCAGGAAAUUAAUAGGGCUUCUUGGUUCUGCUCCAUAAAGUUUGGACCAAGCCCAGAAUGGAUUGAUCCCACCCCAGCAGAAUUCUGGAGUUGAUGAUGGGGUUGAUUCUGCUGUCCAUUUUAGGCAUGUGCAGAGCAUGUCAGAAGACGAAGGAGAAACCCCAGGCAACUUUAGCCUUCUCUGUACAUGCCCUUGGUGCCCAGUGUGGGAAAGGGUCAACAAUGUGUGUGAAACGAGGUGUAGAACAGCCCAGGGGUGUCCCCAAGACCUGCUAAGCCUCUCCUUCCAAAUUAUUUCCAGCCCAGAUGAAAUGCAGUAGGCCUGGGUGUGGUCCAAAAACCAUUCUACAAUGACUGGAUUGCCAGGUCAAAUUCUCUUUGGAAUGCCAUCCCUUCAACUACCGUAUUUUUCGCUCUACAGGACGCACUUUUCCCCCUCCAAAAAUGAAGGGGAAAUGUGUGUGCGUCCUAUGGAGCGAAUGCAGGCUUUCACUGAAGCCUGGAGAGCGAGAGGGGUCGGUGCGCACCAAUCCCUCUCACUCUCCAGGCUUCAGGCAGCUAUCUGCAAGCCUUCUGAGCAUGGCGGGAGUUCCCGCCGGGCUCCGAAGGCUUGCGGAUAGCAGCCUGUUCUGGGGGCUGGGGUCGGGGGAAGCUUGGGCUUCCCCAGCCCCGCAAGCUCUGGGAGCGGCAGCGAGGUUGCGCGCAAUCUUGCCGCCGCUCCUGGACCUGUUCUGGGGGCUGGGGGGUGGAAAUAAUUUUUUUUCUUUAUCCCCCCCCCUAAAAACUAGGUGCGCCCUAUGGUCUGGUGCGCCCUAUGGAGCGAAAAAUACAGUAUUUCUGUGUUUGGAUAUUUGAAGUAGCAUCUUGGCAGCACACAGGAUGCUGGUUAAACAUUCUGUUCCUUACCAUCCGCUUCCAGAAGUAGAGGUCUUUCCUUUCUUUCUCUCUUUCUCUGGCGAUCCCUCGUAGCUGAGUUUGUCUUUCAUAAACACGGUUUUGACAAUGAGUCCGUAAGUGACUGUGGAGGCCAAUUCUGGAUCCACACGUCCUUCCACAGUGGGGACAUUGGUUUCUGGGCAGGAGUUGAUCACAGUGAGGGUUUGCCAAGCGUGCCUUCCUCUUAGCAUGUUUCCUCCUUGUGUCCUGAGUUCGAGUGUCUUCAAAGCCCAGGACACCUUUGGUAACCUUCAUCCACCUUCACAGCCGUUGUAACAUACCGCGUGUUAUCAUCCGCCUGUUCUGCCAUUGAGGACUUCUUGGAUCAUUCUUUGUCUAGCUCCUUCCCUUUGACCUUACCGCCUUGGGUGACCCUGCUGGGAGUACAAGACUCCCGGUGGCUUCGCUCACAAGGUCAUAGGGACAUGCAAGCCCGCUCAUCACGACAAGGUGACGAUCCAGCAAGUGAGAGAGGUAGCCCGUUUCUAAUGGUAGAAUGCCUUAUUUUGCAUGCAAAAGGCUCCAUGUUCAAUCCUUGUUAAGAAUGCAAGAACAUAAGAUGCUCCUAUUGGAUCAGGCCAAUGGUCCAUCAAGCUGAGUAUCCUGUUCUCUCACUGGCCACCCAGAUGCCCAUUGUGGGAAACCCGCAAGGUGACCUGGGUGCAACAGCACUCUGCCCCUCUGGGAUACCCAUCAACAGGUGUUCAGAGGCAUAAUGCCAAGAAAGCAGAUCAUGGGGGAAAGCUUUCUCCCUAUUCUUAAGACCUAGGGAAGCCGUUCCCAGCCAGUUUAGACAGUACUGAGCUCCAUUGACCAAGGUUACCUGACUUGGUAUAACGCUACUUAAUAGGUUCAUCUGCUGCAACCAUACCCUGUUCCAUGACAGUCCCCCGGAGAAGUCUUCUUAACACCUUACACCUCCACGACAUCUUUAGAUGCUUGGUUCUUUUCUCAUUGCUCUUGUAAUCAAGAUCAGGAUGCUUUCUUGCAGUUACAGUAAAUAUGUCCACCCUUAGUUUAAACGCGUUGCUUCUUCAGUCGUAGGAUGAACAGUUGUUGCUCUUACUCUUGGCAUAACAUCUUGGGAAAAGAUCUAACACACAUGCCAACUAUCCUGCGGUCUACGUGUUCAGUAGUCCCAGUUUCUUCCUUAAUAGCAGAACGUCUUUCAAAACCCAGCCCACCAAACAUAGCCCAGAGCUGCAUUAGAGGGGCGUGGGGGCGAGUUUUGUGGGCUGAAGGGAGGAAGAUUAUUUUUCACGAGAGCAGAUGACAGUGCCAAGCAUUUUUCUGUCUUCUUGUUCUGGGAAAGUAACCUGUUGCCAGGAGCACAGAUCAGAAAGACAUUCACUUUUCACAAGACUGAUGUGAUGCGUGUAGGGAGCUGCCUGAGUAGAAUUAGCUUACUCUUUCUCCGGGAAUCUUAGGGUAGUGUCUGCAGUUCUCCCUCUCACACUUUUUGUCACAAAAACCUGCCUGUGAGUUACGUUAGGCUAAGAGAGCUACUGGCCCGAGGUCACCCACUGAAUUUGGUGGCAGAAAGGAGACUCGAACCCACCUCUCCCUGGCUCUAGCCCAACACUCUAGCCGUGAUACCAUAGUGGCUUUCAUGUAAAUCAGUGUUUCUCAAACUUGGGUCUCCAGCUGUGGUUGGACUACAACCCCCAUCAUCCCUGACCACUGGUCCUGCUAGCUAGGGAUGCUGGGGGGUUGUAGUCCAAAAGUUUGAGAAACACUGAUGCAAAUCUACAGAAACCUUUGAGUGAUUUAGCUGUGAUUCCUGCAUUGCAGGGGGUUGGACUAGUUGGCCCAUGGGUUCCCAACUCAACAGUUCUGUGGUUCUUUGAGUGCUGAAAUAUCUGCACAUCUGGGCACUAGCCCCACUGAAGCACAAUCAUGCAUAUUGAUUCAGAAAUAUAUUCUUCUGAGUCCAGGCCACUCUUGUAUCGGAGCCUGGGACUUCAGACUCACUCCCAGGUAGCGGUGCUUAGGGUUGCAGCUCCAGUCUCUGAAAUGAGAGGUGGCAGAACAAGCUUCAGGCCCAUACAUUUUUUUGUGUUUCAAAAAAGGAUUUGCCUCUCCCCGCCCUGUCCUGGGAAAUCCUUUUAACUUUGUUUAAUACAUCUUUUCCCCCCAUUCACUCUGUCACAAGAGACUAGGGCCCUGCGGAACUUGACAUCUUUCUCCUGGGCCUGAAAGACAGAGCUGUUCCACCAGGCCUUUGGCCACGGCACAGUCUGACCCCCUCCUUUGGUAAUCCUCACAGAACUCUAGCCCAAUGGUUGCCAUUAAUUUGAUUUUAAAUUGAUUUUAGAAUGCUAUGUUACAUUUAUUGUUGUUAGCCGCUCUGAGCCUGGCUUCGGCUGGGGAGGGCGGAAUAUAAAUAAUUUAUUAUUAUUAUUAUUAUUAUUAUUAUUAUUAUUAUUAUUGCAGUAGGAAGAAAGGAGGAGGGCUCACCCCAGACCUCAGCCAGUCGGCCUUCCAGAAGAAAAGGAGACCAAGCAGUGCAUCGUACAAACUCCGAAAAGCAAAGUCCCUGGCAAGUAUCCCCAAUGGUCAGCCUUCUGGGCUAAGCAGCAAACUUGGUGAGGUGCGAAGCCUUUGGUGAGGAAGGGAGCAGCCUUGAUGGUGGUGGCCCCCUCCCCAAAGCCCCACUGCCUUGCGUUGCCUUUUGAGUCCUUAGCUGCCUAAGUCCACCACUUAAGGGCUGCAACUUGAGCAAAGCUGGCGUUCAGUCUUGGAGCAUCAGUUAUGGUUGUUGCCCUCGUGCUUCUGCAGUCCUGCUGUGCAGCCUUGAUGCAGUGCUCACACUUUGCAUGCGGAAGGUGCCAGGUUAAGUCUCUGGUCUUUCUCCUCUAAGAGGCGCCACAAGUCAGAACACACAAUAGUGUCCCGACCUGGUCCAAGGCAGCUUCCUAGCAGUUAUUUAGGUGGGUCGCUGCGUUUGAGCUCAGUGGAGCUCCCUUGCUUGCCUCGAGGGUGCAUCCGACUGCAGACUGAGCGUCUUCGGCUGCAUAUGUCUGCCCCUUUGGGGAGGACUUUGUGACUCAACAUGCUUUGCUUCCUUGUCCUCCAGCAGCCUGGGGCUGAGCUGACAAGGACCCAGGAGUGCAGGAAUCAGGUAUACGGAGCCUGUCAAAGCCUUGCUUUGUGUGCUGCACUCAUUCCUGGUGGGGUGGGAGACUCUGACCCUGCCUGUCCCGUCACACGGCAUCCGCGACCCUGACAUUUUAAGCCCUUGCAUGCUCACCUGCUUCUUUUUAGGUUGAUCCCUGCCAAUCAUUACGUUGCUUCUUUUUAAGCCGCUUAAAAUGAAUGUCUGCCUUUCACCCACUGUCUGCGUCUCCCCUCCCGGUCUCAUAAUUCGGAUGCUAGCAAAAUGAGAAAUGCCCCUAUUACUCUCUUCAAACACACCCUUUUAAAAAAAAUUAUGUGAAGGUAGCAUUUAAAGAUUCAUGAUUAUGGCUUGGCUUGUUCUAAAAAAACAAAGAGUUUGUUGCUCUUUGUGCAGAAGCUUGAUUUUAAUGGAAGUUUUCAUAAAUAGAGGAUCUACUACUGCCUUGAGCAACAGUGCUCCUUCACAUGCCAGAGGGACCAGACUUUCUUCUUCAGUUUUAAUUUUGGAGACUGUAGCCAAUAAACAAUUUUUUUUUACGCUCAGCAGUUGAAGUGUUGACUGCUGUGCCCUUAUCUGCCUUUAUUGCCUGAAUGGAUUUCUGAGUAAGUGUUUUAUUGCGCCUGGCUUUUCCCAACACCCUAAACAAGAGAUUAAACAAACAGAUUGAAGCUGUACUCUUAUGCACACUUCCUGGGAGUAAGUUCCUGGGUUGGGGGAGAGACAACACACUGGAUUUGGCUUCCUGGCAGUGGCCCAUUAACAUGGACCAGGGUGGGAGCUGGUCCCUUAUAGACCUACAAGGUCAUUGUGGUCAUCUGAUGAAGCCUUUCUGGUGAUGCCAUGUGCUCCCAGGCCAGAGCCGUGAUCUGGAGCAGUUCUCCAUUUUGAUUUUUAAACACAUGUUAAAAUACGGUACUUCCUUAUUUUCCCAAGUCAUUUCUGUGUUAGUGACCUAGCCAUAUUUUUGAACAGGCAUCCCAAUGUUCUAUUACUUUUUAAACAGUAUUCAUAUUUUACUGUUCAUGUUUUUCUAUUUGUUGUACAUCACUUCAGAAAAUGUUUAUUAUUAAGCUGCCUGUAAGUUCUGGAAAUAGACAUAGCGGAACUUAUUUUUGAGUAAGUUUGAAGAGCUGUUUUUCUAUGUUAAAGAGAAAAGGAAUAGUUAUCACUCCGUUUGGAUUUCGAGUGUGGGCUCAGCACACCAUGAAAGUGCUCUGGCAUGCAAAAAUAUCCCCCACAUGCUUUCAUUGGGUCUACUCUUGAGUAGGGCUUGGUUAAAAUGCAACCCCUAAUCCUUUUUCCAGGGUAAAAAGUCCUCACCCUCUCACUUCCAGGUAUGUUAUUUAUUGCUUAGCUGUGGCAAGAAAAUAGCUCUAAAAUUUUUCACUUGCAGCUAACCCAAGGCAGCUGAAAGAGCUGGCCAGUGUGUGUGUGUGUGUCUCCCAGCUGGCUGGCAGGCCUGCUCACACACUGCUCCUUUCCUAAAGAAACUCAGUUUCUGCAACUAAAACCAAAAGGCUACUUGAUUCCGCCUGCCUUUGGGAUUGGGGUGUCCUGUGUUUGAAUUCUCCUCCCCAGAGAAGCCUGCCUGGUGCCUCCUCUGUUAUCUCCUUGAUACCAGGCAAAUACUUUUUUGUUAAAACAAAACAAAACCACCCAGACAUGCCAUCAUCUCAUAUACUGCUUUUAGUUGUUGUCAAUCCAUGUUGCUGCUUUCUAUGUGCUUUUAUAAGUGCAAUUUGUUGUAUUUUAUUUCUUUAUUUGAAUUCUCCUAAUUGAAUGCCACCCUGGGAGCUUUAUCACAAUGCAGGUAAUAAAUAAUUUGCCAAAAAAGUACAGCGGAACCGUAAUCCAUUCCAGAAGUCCGUUCAAUUUCCGAAACGUUCGAAAACCGAGGAUCAAAGGGCUGUCAGCAAGUUCAAUGGGGAAAAUUGAGAAAAUUGGGAGCUGUUUGGUUUCCGAGGCGCGUUCGAAAACGGAAGCAUUCACUUCUGGGUUUUCGGCACUCGGAAGCCAAGACGUUCGAAAACCGAGGUUUGACUGUAAUUACAUAAACCCAACAGAACAAAAGAUCCUUACCUGAAAUGAGUCUCCCAUUGGAGUUUCAUGGACUUUCCCCAAGUAUCUGUGUGUAGGACUGUGGCCUUUGUCUUCCUUCCUACCUGCUCAGAAUUUAGAGAACAGCAAAGUUUGGGUGGUGACUCAAGUUAUGAUUCAAGUCAUGUGUGUGUGUGGUUUUAGGUCAGGGACUGUGAUCCCAAUUCCUGGUUCUGCUGACAGAUUCAAAACCGCAGGAGAUUCGUAUCCCUCUAAAUCUCAUAAGAGCAUGAGAAAAGCCUGCUGGACCAUCUAGUUAAGCGCCCUAGAAUCACAGAAUCAUAGAGUUGGAAGGGACCACAAGGGCCAUCGAGUCCAACCCCCUGCCAAGCAGGAAACACCAUCAGAGCACUCCUGUUCUCACAGUAGCCAACUCCUUGCCUGUGGGAAAGGAUCCGAGCACAAGAGCAACUCACUCCGCCUCCAGUUUCCAGUCACUGGUAUUCAGAAGUGUUGCUGCCUCAAACUCUGAAGGCAGAGCAUAGCCAUCAUGGUUUGGAGCCAUCAAAGGCCCUCUCCUCCAUCAUUUUGUGUAAACCAUCUACCGUAAUUUUCGCUCUAUAGGACACACUUUUUCCCUUCUAAAAAGUAAGAGAAAAUGUGUGUGCGAAUGCAGGCUGCGCGGCUAAGCCCAAAGCCAGAACAGGGAGACAGAGCACUUGGGGCUAGCUGCGCAAAGCCUCCGCAGGGCAGCGGGGUGAAGGCACCCCACUGCCCUGCGGAGGCUUCAAAGGCUGUCCCCAAAGCCAGAACAGCAAGAGGCUAUCCCAGAAGCCAGGUCCCUCUUGCUGUUCUGGCUUCUGGGGUUCAGAAUUUUUUUCUUCUUGUUUCCUCCCCCCCAAACUAGGUGCGUCUUAUCGUCCGGUGCGUCCUAUAGAGUGAAAAAUACGGUAGGUGGAGCGAGUCCCAUAGUCCCAUAGUUUAACUACUUCUGUGCAAAUGACUUUAUUUUGCCUGCCUUGAAUCUUCCAUCAUUCACCUCCAUCGGAUGUUCACAAGCUCCACAAGAAACUACAUUUCUUGCUUUUUUUCUGCCUCGCUCCCCAGAUGUCCCUCUCUGCAGACCUCGGCUCACAGCCAAAAGCCCCCGCUCGCCCCAACUGGGCUACUUACCACCCUGCGGGCUAUCCUGCCACCAAAGCAAUGGCCAAGAUCCUUGCCCAGAGCGCCCAGUGGAACGCUGGGAUACGGCCGGCGCCUGCCCAGGGUCCAGUCCCACAGCUGAGCGAGAAGGGGAAGAAGGCCUUUGCACGGACAAGCAGAAGCUCUCCAAGUCAGUAAACCCGGUCAUUUCAUGUAAGGGGGGGGGGUGAGCAUUGAAAAUUUCAGCCCCUUUUCACUCACAUCACCAUUUUGUUGUUUUAUUAUUAUAAAAGCCCUGUUUAGGGAAGCUUUUAAUGUUUGAUGUAUUACAGUAUUUUGAUAUUUUGUUGGAAGCCACCCAGAGUGGCUCGGGAAAUAAUAAUAAUAAAAAUAAAAUAAUAAAAUAAUAAUAAUAAUAAUAAAUAAUUUAUUACUGAGUUUUUGAAAUUGUAGACAAAAGUUCAAUAUCACUCUCGCCAUGCACAAAUUCAGCCAUGACAAGAACGCUAGCUAAGCCUAAGCGAUUUUAAAGAGAGCUUUUCAAUGAAAAAGGUGCCCAAAACUACAUCCCUCACAAGUUGGAUAAAGUAAUAAAGCUGUGACAAGCUGCAGUCUUAACCAUAGGCAAAGCAGAAUUAGAAUUAAAAACGACAGCAAGACUUGGCAGCUACAUUGGCAUCAGUAACUUAUUACUGAUAGCCAAUGUAGCUGGUAAGAAACAAGGCUAAUAUAUUUCCUUCUCUUUUUGUAUCGUAGGUUAGAGGGUUUGUUUAAAAGGCUGGAGCAACAGGCUAGCCAAAUUCUGCUAUGUGCUUUUGGAGCAGAUCGCUGAUGUUCUGGCACACUAGCAAACAUUACAAAGUCAUUAUUAUUAUUAUUAUUGCUAUCAUCUGAACAUGUUUGGGGAGAGAGAAGGCACUGCUGGAUGUACCCAGGUCCCCACCCCCAAUCCCCAUAUCUUAAGACAAGCCUCCAUUGCAAUACAGAUAUGUUGAAAGAAUGUCAGUGGCAGGUUUAAUUUUGCAAGGGGCUGUUUCCUUUUAGUUUCUCGCUGUUGACGUUAACUACUUCAUCUUCUCUACCUGUUCCAGCAUCUCCACUCUUUGAAAGCCAGCCCUGGGAACUUCCCCCGUCAGACAUGGGAUCUGAUGCAGAACAGGAGGGUGGAGAAAAGAGACUUUUCAAAGCAACACACUUGAAUUAAUCUCCCCAAGGGAAAGACAGAUGUCGUUGCAGGUUACAAUCGUGUUCCCAGAGCUAUGAGCCCAGCUUUCUGAAAAGGGGCUCUUUGGACGAGGAUUAAGAAUCAUGUGGAUUUAUCAUGUCUGCAUUUCCAUGGUGGAAUAACCAGUGACUAACCAAUGGACUGUUGGGACAACCUGGAUUUUUUUUAAAAAAAAAUACUGUUCAGAUAGGAACUUUGCAUGUGGCCUUAGACAGGGCACUAUUUCUCAGCCUUAGUUUCUAAGCUGUAAAAUGGGAAAGGUGGUGGUGUACCUCAUCGAGUUGUUGUGGAAUUGAUGGUCAGCAACAGUGCAGUGCUAUGCAUAUCUACUCAGAAGUAAGCCCCACUGAAUUCAAGGGGACUUACAACCAGGGAGAAGAGACGGUGGAAGAAUAUUGGAAAAAGUUUAAAAUCUAUAUAUGGAAAUAAUGUAAAAUUAAUGAGUGUUAGAAAAAUGUUGGGAGGGAAUUAUACGGCUUUAGUAGAAAUGUUUUAAGGAAUUAAGCAUAAAUAAGUAUUAUAGUAUUAAUGGAAAAUAAGGUUAAAAUAUGUUAAGAUAAUCACAUGACAGAAAAUAGAGAAAGAUGGAAAGGAUUUGCUGAAACAAUUAUUAGAAAUGGAAUACAAAAAAGGGAGGUGAGAGGAGGUCGAUGAAACAAGGGAAUGAAAGAGAGGAUAUUGAGAUGGUAUGAUGUGUGUUUUUUGAAUUGUUUUUGCUUUUGUUUUGUUUAAUGUGUUAAGGUUAAUGUUGCGUUCUGUAUUGUUUAUAUAUUGUAUUGUAUUGUUUCUCUUUUGCUUUUCUUCUUCUUUUCUUUUUUUCUUUUCUUCUCUUCUCUUUGUAAGGUUUAAAAGCAAUAAAUAUUAUUUUAAAAAAAUAAAAAUUCAAGGGGACUUACAAAGUUACUGGCAACUUUGAGUUAUUACAUAAAGAGGAAAAGAACGCAAAGGAAGGAUUUAGUUCCAGUAGGUAGCUGAAACAUAAUCAACGGUAAGAACAUGAUUAAACAAAAUGGCCUAUGCCAAAGUAGCAAGUGUGAUGCUCACGCUCGUCCCUCUCCCUCCUUUCCAUAAACACCCUUUCUUGUUUCCCCCCAUUAUCAACAUUGAGACUGUAAGCAGUUUGGGGGCAGAGACUUUAUAAACCCUGUACACUGUGAUGACGUAUGGAUGGUCCUGUGCCUAUCAGUUUGGCAGCAAACUGGGUCCACCUAAAAAAAAAGAAAGGGUAGU